AUGCGUGAUUCUAAGGAAAUGGAGAAGAAGCAGCUUGGCCCUCUGGAUGAGGAACUGCUGACAUCCAGCCACACCAAAUACUCCAUCAAAGGCUUUGGCUUCCAACCAAAUUCUGGAUUCAGUAGCUUCACAGGGUGCCUGGUCCACAGCCAUGUCCCCUUGGCAUUGCAGGUGCUCUUCCUCACUGUAUUCUCUGUGCUGCUGGUUGUCAUCCUUGUCAAAGUCUGCAAGAUCCCCAGUUCUCAGGGACAGGAGGAGUCCAAUCAGAAGAAUGUCUACGAGGAACUGACCCAGUUGAAGGCUGGGAUAGACCGCCUGUGCCGUUCCUGCCCCUGGGACUGGACGCCCUUCCAAGGAAGCUGCUACUUUUUCUCUCUGGCCCAGAAGUCUUGGAAUGAUUCUGCCACUGCCUGCCACAACAUGGGGGCUCAACUUGUGGUCAUCAAGAGUGAUGAAGAGCAGAACUUUCUACAACAAGCUUCUAAGAAGAGAGGCUACACUUGGAUGGGGCUUAUUGACAUAAACAAGGAAUCUUCAUGGCACUGGAUAGAUGGUACACCUCUGACCCUCAGUUUCAUGAAGUAUUGGAAUAAAGGGGAACCUAACAACCUGGGAGAGGAAGAUUGUGCAGAGUUCAGAGAUGAUGGCUGGAAUGACACUAAAUGUUACAACAAGAAAUUCUGGAUCUGCAAAAAACUUGAAACUUCCUGCCCUAGCAAGUGAUGGCCAACUCCCUCCACUACCCCCAUAGUCCCCAAAUCCUGCCAGAUGGCAGAACUUCACCCAUACCUAUGCCAGGGUAUUCUACUUGUCUGUAGCCAUUGACACUUUGACAAGAUCUGUAAGACUUUUCUCUGGCAGGUAGCUUGUCUCCUGCAUUGCUCCUGGUCCAGCUUGUCUCCUGGAUGAUUGCUGUAUAGUCUUCUGAUGUCUGCAGGUUCUCUUUGGGUUAGUGGCUGUGCCUCUGAUCCAUCUUUGCCAUUUAAUGAAAUGAACAGACAUGAGGUGCACACAGGUCCUUAAAUGGGCUCCUUUUAUCUCCUUUCUGAAUUCAGACCAUGUA